GCUACUCCGCAAGUGGUGCGGUUGUCACCUGCAGGAUCCCGCUUCGGUUAGCGACGCGCAGUGAGUGCAGUGUUUCUUUGUGCUUGCUGCUUUUCCUCCCCCGCUCAUGUAAUGCACUCCCUGAACCAAGAAAUCAAAGCAUUCUCCCGGAAUAAUCUCAGGAAGCAGUGCACCAGGGUGACCACGCUGACUGGAAAGAAAAUGAUAGAAACGUGGAAAGAUGCCACAGUUCAUGUUGUGGAAGCAGAGCCCAGCGGUGGGGGUGGUUGUGGCUAUGUGCAGGACCUUAGCUUGGACCUGCAUGUUGCUGUUAUUAAGCCCUGGUUGCUUCUGGGGUCACAGGAUGCUGCUCAUGAUCUGGAACUACUGAGAAAGCACAAGGUGACUCAUAUUCUCAAUGUUGCAUAUGGAGUUCAAAAUGCUUUCCUCGGUGAAUUUACAUAUAAGACCAUUUCUAUAUUGGAUGUCCCUGAAACCAAUAUCCUGUCUUACUUUCCAGAAUGUUUUGAGUUUAUUGAGCAAGCAAAACUGAAGGAUGGCGUGGUUCUUGUUCACUGUAACGCAGGGGUUUCCAGGGCUGCUGCGAUCGUCAUCGGCUUCCUGAUGAGUUCUGAAGAAAUUGAAUUCACCAGUGCUUACUCAUUGGUGAAAGAUGCAAGGCCGUCCAUAUGUCCAAAUCCUGGCUUCAUAGAACAGCUUCGCACCUUCCAAGUGGGCAAAGAGAGCAAUGGAGGUGACCAUGUGCCCUCAGUGGACAGGGGCCGUGGUCCGUGAUCUGUACGCUAGCAGAGACAGACAAACAAGUUCUGCAUCUGCCUCUGUUUUGGAGAGGAAACUUGUAAAACUUCUCCUUCCUGUUGUCUUUUAUCCGUGGAAAUGGGGUGUUACUUUUAUUGCCCUGAAUUAAUAUAUUAAUAUAUUUUUCAGUUUUACCUUCUCUUUGUUAUUACAUUAUCUGGUUAAGCAUUUCUUUAACUUACUAAGAGAAAAUAGUGGAUUAUCAAAUUGCUAAAUCACUGAUAUGUGUAGGAGAAAUUUUAAACCUAAAAUUCUUUGUUAGAGAUAGAAAAGCAACCACUGAAGCCUUUUAAUUUAGUCUUCUCUCAUGUACACUUUCAUGAACAAAAACCUUUUGAAGUGAUAGACCUACUAAGUGAAGAUUUACCAGUUCAAAAGGAAGUCAAGUUUUUGUAAGAAUAUUUUUAAAGUUAAGAAAUAAUACCUUCAGCCUCCUCUAAAGAGUACUAGAAUCAAAGGCUUAUAUAAACAUCUAUCUAAUGGUUAUAAAUUCAUGUGAUUUUUAUAUCCUCUUAUGAAAACCAAAUUUUCAUUUUGACUUUUAAAUUUGGUCCUAUUACAAGCAUUUUCUUAUAUUUUUUAAGUGAUUGCAUAGAUGCUCUAUGCUUUAAUUUUAUAAUUUUUUUUAAAUUAGCUAUUGCCACACUUUGCUCUUUCUAACUUGGGUGCUAAGUGUUCUGUUUAUGGGUCACCUAUCACAUUUUUUGUCUCUUGGGAUUCCUAAAAACUGCCUGGCCGGGCGGUGGUGGCGCACGCCUGUAAUCCCAGCACUCAGGAGG